GUGGACUUCACCCACGAGUCUGUGAAUAACAAGGCUGGCGCAGUCAUCUCGAGUUCGCAUGCUGUGUCGAAGCUGCUUAAGAUGGGCUACCCUGACACGGCGCUGCAAGUGGUCUCCAUGAAUUUGCCGAGAACGAAGGAUAAGAACGUCGGUGCCUGUCCCUUUUUGCGGAGCGGUCUGCCCGCCGAGUUCCGUGCAAUCACCGAGAGCCACGUGAAGGCCCUCCUCAGUGCCAUGGGCGACAGUGCAGUCAUGAAGGAGCAGCUGCAGAAGAACGCCGACGCCGACGCCGACGAGGGGGAUGAGGAGAAGGAGGAUUCUUCAGCGUCGGAGCGAUCACAGGCCGGCCUGGAGGAGGAGGGCGACGAUACAGCUGGCCGCAAAAUCUUCAUCGACGACGUGAACCAUUUGCUGGACUUCCUGAAGGAGAAGGUCGAUCCAAACUUCGCGCACGCUGAGGCGCACAAGGUGUUGGCAUUGCAUGCUGCCAUGUUCAACGGCAUCCAGCUGUGGCCGAACCUUUCAGCAGCGAAGCCAACGAUGUUCUCGACGUGGACGUCCCUUCGCAAGCUGUUCAAGACCACAGUGGCCAGGGCAGCAAAGCUAAGGCCGCGCCAUGAUGACACCAAACCUCUCGCUGAUGUGGUGGUGGACAAAAGCCCUGCAGCUAAUUUCCAACAUAGUAACGAUAUUAUGUCCCAAGCCGAGCCGGUUGUUACAGAGUUGCAGAAGUUUGUAUCUCUGAACGACCCAGCGCAGCCACUCGCGUCCCACAUGUGCAGCGCGCAAGCAUUUGGCAACGCCAUGGUGAGCUCGAUGCCAAUCGUAAGCAGUGGGUCACCACCAGAUGCUGCAGAGCUGAUCGAGAAGAUGGUGCUAGAUGUCUUGAUGGAGGUCUGCCGCAAGACGAUCCCUGAGAACUUCGAUUCUGUGUUCGGGCACUUGUCUAAAAUCGAUAAACAGGAAAUUGGCCAGACCGAGGCAGCUGCCUACCCUGUCGCUUUCAAGUUCGUUGCAGGCGACCUGCCGAUCCCACAGCUCAAAGUGAUCAAAGCCAUGCGAUUGCGAUUGCUCGGCCACUUGAUGAAGCAAGUCCUCGUGCUCCGCUACAGAGUUGGGCCAGAUAGUCCGAUGUCUAUGGUAGACGUUGAGAUAGAAAAGGAAAUUGGUUUCAAGGGCUCAUUUGCUGUGUGGUGGGAUUCGCUGUCCAAGAUCUCUCAGCGCAUUGCGUCGGUCGACAUCGCAGGCGAGGCCAAGGCAGACGAGGUUCUGAAGGACAAGUUGCAGGCCAUGCGAAAGUCGGAGCUCAAUAGCUUCGUCAGCGAUCGGAAGCUUACGGCAAUUGUCCCAGGGAGCGUGGACAUGUUUGCAACCCAGAAGCAAAAGUUGAUUGAUACGCUGAUGGAGGAAGUCAGGUGCAACAAAGGUCCAAACGUCGCCUGUGCCAUGAGCUUCGGUUCUUCCGAGGUCAUCGCGAAGUGCAAACUGCUCGCAUCUUUCGUAGCGCAAGAGCAUGGCAAGACUGAUGUAGAGCAGGGCGGCACCUGCCAGGUUGAGGGGGGGGGGGGGGAGGGCGGAGAGGGCGACGACGAGACCAGGCCCGAGAUCUUCUCGAUUGAGACAUGGUCGACCAAGUUGCACCAGGGCGAGAUCACACGCACGGAGGGGAAGGAUAUCAUCUGCGCCUUCAGCAAGCACAAAAUCAACAAGCUCGUGGAGACCGCGCAGGGUAUCUUGACGCCGUUCCAGGACCACGGCACUGGCUUGGAGAAGCUCGGGAUCCAAGUCUCAGAGACGCAGCGGGGCUCGAGAAGCAUCGAGAUCGCGCAGAGCACGCCAGGCUUCAAGGUGGUCGCGCUGAGCGUGGGCAACUUCUCGUACAAGGAAGCAGCGAUGUUGCCCAUUGCCAAUUCUGGGGGUGUUAUGCUGUUCUUGGAUGGCGGUCACUGCUCCGAAAUUGAUCGCUCCGACUUCGUGCUCGGCGGGUGCGUUUCCCAGACAAAGCCGCCAAAGGCUACCACUAAGGAAGGGGCUGCAGCGGUCGCGGUCGUAGAUGCCAACCCCGAGGCCUCAGCGAAGGGGGAAGUAAAGGCGAAGGGGAAGGGCACAAGGAAUAAGAAGGCCGAGCAGAAGAAUGAUAAUGUUCAGGUCGUUACGCACACCGUGGAGUUCAAGGGCAAGGUCAUCCAAUUCCCGACCGUGCUGAACCCAAAGCUGGAGGUCACAGUGCACAUGCCUUACCUGGUGAGGAACCCUUCGUUGCCUGAGGGGUAUGAGUCAGGGCGCGAGCUUCUUCGUGGUCAUUUUCCUUGGCCCGAGAGUGUAAAAGAGCAGAUCAAGCAAGCCAAGCUCGAGCAGCAGGUUGCCAAGUUCUUCGCUCUCGG